CUGACAAUAUCCGUAGUCUCCGACGCCUGUAUCUUCGCCUUUUAUUUGUCGAGCCAUACGCCAAGGAAUCUAAAGAUGCGGAGACUCAUCUUUGGAUGCAGACGUCUUAUCAAUUUAUUUCAAACUACAAGCAGAACGUCGCAACUCUCGAUCGAACACUGCAAUCCGCACCCCGCCAUCAGCCCAGACAGAGCAACCAUGGCCCGGUGGAGUAUCGCAAACUGAUGCAACGUUUCCGCCAGUUUCUUGCUGAAGAAGAGAAAUUUUGGACACAACUGGUAGCUCGAUAUCAGCGGUCCUUUGCACUUCACGAAGCACAACAUAUACUCUCUGUCUUGAACAUUGCGAUUCCAGAUGACCUUGGUGUCCCCAAUGGCUCCAUUGGGGGACACGAAGGUGUCCCAAACUCCGGUUUCAAUCGCAACCAAUUACAAUUCCCUCUUGAAGGCAAUACGCCUUCUCCCACGAGCUCUGCCGAACGUGAAACCAACCUCGCAAUUCUUAGCAAGGCGAUAGUAUGUUUGGGUGAUAUGGCACGAUAUCGGGAACUUUACAAUGAAGGUGGAGGACGUCCGCGAGCCGGUCAGGAAGACGGCACAGGACCAGCUAGACGGGGCGGCCGCAACAGAAGAGGCGGCGCUCCGGGCUUUGAUUCAAUACCACGUGCCAGGAACUACGACAAAGCUGUCCAGUGCUACGAUCAAGCGCGCCUUUUGGUCCCUUCGGAGGGCAAUCCAUCGCACCAGCUGGCCAUUCUCGCUUUCUAUCAGAAUGACAUGUUCAGCUCGCUUCUCCAUUAUUAUAGAGCGCUUUGCGUUCGUCAACCUUAUGACACUGCAUCCGAGAAUGUCAAGAAAAUUCUCAAUAAAUCACUCGAUCAACAGGCCAAGAAGACACGGGAAGGGGUACAAACAGCCCCCGAUAUUGGUGACCUACCACCACGCUUGAGAGUCGAGUCCUUUAAGGAGAAAGUUGUGCUAUUACAUGCAUUAUGGCGAUUAGGUUCAGAUAAAUCAAGGUUAAACCCCAUUGUGCAUGCAGCGGAUGUCGUCAAGGAUUUCGCGGCUCUAGUUUCAGAGCGCGUUCUUCCAAUUCAUACCGUGACCAAAGUCAUCGUUCUCUCAGAGGGAGCAUUAUGGAAACAUCGCAUGAUCCGGGACACGUCUCCACCUUCGAAUAGGAGAUCGGGAGGGAUUCCUAGCCCUGCUACCGUCGAAUCCCAGAUUUUGAAGCAUGUUCUUGCCAUUCACCAGUCUCUCCUGGAGAUAGGUGCCGAUGAACUUGACCUUCCACCAGAAGAUGCAGCUGAGAACGACCUUGCGCAGUGUAUCACUGCGACAUUCAGGCGCACUCUACCCGCAUUGCGUGUUGCGAGCAAGUGGUUGUUAGCAAAUCUCAAGUACGUGGCGUAUGCCACACCCCCUGCGGGGUCAAGCCAGGUCGAGGAACUUCCAGGGGUAUUCGUCUCAGACAUGCCAGACUUUUGGCGGCAUUUUUUACGUUUUUACAACGCCCUAUACAAGCUAUUUCCUAUAGAGAAGCUACCUUCGUUGCUAUCUCCGCUGGAUGAGGACGUUGACCUUAGGGGCUUUCUUCCAUUGCGGAACCUCAUGAUUGGCGAUACUCCCAUGAUCGUGGAUGCCGACCUGCGCGAGGGGAACGGAUUGGACGCUGUUGGCCCGCAGGGUCGUGAGGAGGUUCACCCGAACGAAGAACAAUUAAUGAGGAUAUCUGAUUUGCUCAAAGAUGUCAAGAAUGUUGCGGAAUCACCAGAUUCUCCGAUCCACCUGCAGGGCGAUACUUUCAAGUUUCUACUUGAAAUCACUGCCACUGCACCUGAGGCUCAGUCUCAGGCAAUCGGUGUGGAGGUUGUAAAGAUGCCUAUUACGCCUGUAGUCUCGUGUCCUAGGUGUCUUUGACUUGAUGCCACUGGAGACUUGUGCGGAGGACGAUGCUAUGACCGACACGGGGCGUACUGACAACGAUGAUCCGGUUGAAGACGCAUUCAGAACCGUACUUAACGCCGAGGCACAAGAUGAAGAUGAUGAACUGGAUGAUGACGUCGUAGUUUGGGAUCCAAGGUCAAAUAGUGGCUGUUUCAUUUCGAUGUGUGUCU